AUGCUCCUCCUCGGCCUGACAGGAAGCAUAGCAACCGGAAAAUCCACCGUCUCCGAAAUCCUCUCCUCCCCACCCUACAACCUCCCAAUCGUCGACGCCGACAAAGUCGCCCGUCAAGUCGUCGAGCCGGGGACACCAGGCUACCAAAAAAUCCUCAAAACCUUUGGCCCAACCUGUCCCGACCUGCUCGUGGAACCCACACCGGAAAACGGAGGUGAAACUGGGCAUGACGGGAAAGGAAGAGCUCUCAACCGCCCUGCGUUAGGGAGGAGGGUGUUUGGGGAGGGGAAAGAUGAGGAUCGGAAGGCGUUGAAUCGGAUUGUACAUCCUGCGAUCCGGAGGGAAAUGUAUCGACAGAUGUUGGGUGCGUAUGUGCGAGGGCAUUGGGCGGUGGUGUUGGAUGUUCCGUUGCUUUUCGAAAGUGGAUGGGAGGCUUUGUGUGGGACGAUUCUGGUGGUGGCGGUUUCGGAUCCGAGGAUUCAGAUGGAACGGUUACGAGCGCGAGAUGUGCAUCUCACGGACGAAGAUGCGAGGAAUCGGGUGGCGGCGCAGUGGGAUGUUCGGGAUAAGGCGGAGAGGUGUUUGAGACGGGGGGAGAGGGCGGGGGUUGUGGUUUGGAAUGAUGGGGGGAAAGAUGAGCUUAAGAGGCAGGUUGAUCGGGCUAUGGUGAGGGUUCGGGAGGGGAGUCCGCAGUGGUGGGCUUGGGUUUUGUUGCUGUGUCCGCCUGUUGCGGUUUUGAGUGGGGGGUGGAGUUAUGUUAGGAGUUGGUGGAUUAAGAGGCAGUGGGAGAAGGAGAGGGUCGGAGAGAAGGCUAAGCUCUAG